UCGAACGGCAAAGACGUUCAGAUCGGCCAUAAAUCACAACCAUAAUUAACUCAACAUAUACAAAGUGUUGUCAAAAUAAUCAAGUCAACUAAAUAAUUAAUAAUAAUUACUAAAAUAUAUUUUAUUGUGCAAUAAAAAAACAUUUCAAAAAUAUCAAAAAUAAUCAACCAGAAAUGUUUUAAAGAAUUGAAAUCAGACGCAAAAUGUUGCUCUUGGCAGUGUCUAGAUGAUGUUAUAUAAUCGUUGCUAAGAUUUGAUAAUCCGUGAAAUCUACAGCAAAUUUUUAAUUGUGCCAGAAUUGUUUAAUCUCAGAAAUCCAAAGUGAAACUCAAUUUUUAAAGGACUCAAACUUUUCAACUAACCUGAGCAGAGAACCUGAGCAAAGAAAGAGAGAAGAAUACUUCAAGUCACAGCCAUGGUCGCACAAAUAAUCCUGCUCGUCAUCUGCUGCAUUUGCCUGAAACAUUAUGCCAAGGGGGAAUUUCAACAAAGUCUGGCCAUCACCGAUAUUCUGCCCGAGGAUAUUAAGCGUUAUGAUAAAAUGCGACCACCCAAAAAGGAAGGGCAACCCACAAUUGUCUACUUCCAUGUAACCGUGAUGGGGUUGGACUCCAUCGAUGAGAACUCGAUGACCUAUGUGGCCGAUGUGUUCUUUGCCCAAACCUGGAAGGAUCAUCGUCUUCGUCUGCCCGAGAACAUGACUCAGGAGUAUCGCCUGCUGGAAGUUGACUGGCUGAAGAACAUGUGGCGACCCGAUUCCUUCUUCAAGAAUGCCAAGUCGGUGACCUUCCAAACGAUGACCAUACCCAAUCAUUAUAUGUGGCUUUACAAGGACAAAACCAUACUCUAUAUGGUCAAGUUGACUCUCAAGUUAUCCUGCAUCAUGAACUUUGCCAUCUACCCACAUGAUACGCAGGAAUGCAAGCUGCAAAUGGAGAGCUUGUCUCACACCACAGAUGAUUUGAUCUUUCAAUGGGAUCCCACCACGCCUCUGGUGGUCGAUGAAAACAUUGAGCUGCCCCAAGUGGCGCUGAUACGCAACGAGACAGCGGACUGCACACAGGUCUAUUCCACGGGCAAUUUCACCUGCCUCGAGGUGGUUUUUACGCUGAAACGUCGCCUGGUGUAUUAUGUAUUCAACACCUACAUUCCGACCUGUAUGAUUGUGAUCAUGUCCUGGGUGUCCUUUUGGAUCAAGCCGGAGGCGGCACCUGCUCGAGUCACACUGGGCGUGACUUCGCUGCUAACGCUUUCGACGCAACAUGCGAAGUCGCAAUCUUCGUUGCCGCCCGUCUCCUAUUUAAAGGCCGUCGAUGCCUUCAUGUCUGUCUGCACGGUGUUUGUGUUCAUGGCCCUGAUGGAGUAUUGCCUGAUCAAUAUUGUGCUAAGCGAUACACCGAUACCCAAGCCCAUUGCGUAUCCGCCCAAACCAGUGGCCGGGGAGGCGGGCAAGAAGGAGGCAGAGGCCGGAUCGACACAGCCACCGGGUGGCAGUAAUGCGGCAAACAAUAAGCAGCCAACGAUGUUGCCGCUGCCCGAGGAGAAAAUGGAGAAAAUCGAGAAGAUCUUCGACGAGAUGACCAAAAAUAAGCGAAUUGUGACUACUACAAGAAGGGUUGUGCGUCCGCCGCUGGAUGCCGAUGGUCCCUGGAUACCGCGUCAGGAGUCGCGCAUCAUCUUGACCCCGACCAUUGCGCCACCGCCGCCCCCGCCUGCACCGGAACCGGAGAUGCCAAAGCCAAAGCUAACGCCCGCUCAGGAGCGUUUAAAGCGUGCCAUUUACAUCGAUCGUUCAUCGCGUGUGCUCUUUCCCGCACUCUUUGCCAGUCUCAAUUGCAUCUAUUGGAUUGUGUUCUACGAGUAUCUGUAAGAUACAUGUGUCAGUCUGUGGCUGGCUCUCGUGUAAAUAUGAGUCUUUCCAUCUCCAAGUCGUACAACUUUAUUAACUGUUAAUUGUUCGCAAUAUAUGUAGACAUCUAUAUAAACAUGCAUAUUUACUCUUAAGACGAUGAAUUUUAAACUGAAAUCACAACUCAAAGAAAACUUAUAUAUAUAAUAUGUAUAUCUCUUACGAAUGAAUGAAUCAUUUAAAUGCGAGUAUAUGAAUUCAAUUCCUAAAUGCUUAAUGUUAAAAUUUCAAUGGCGUUGUAGCUG